GCAGCGACAGGGACGUGCGGCUCCCACAGGCUGGUGUAGUCGGGCCCCAUGGGUGGGGCAGGGGGGACAGGGAGACCCCCCCCCAGCCUGGCCCUUCCCUCUGGGUGCUGCAGAAAAAGUGAUUGCCCAGAUCCAGGCUCACCCGCCGGCACCCACCCUGUACCACCAGCUGAUGCUCUCCUGCAAGGUCACAGGGGACGCCAGCCCCCAGGAGUUCCUGUGGGAGAAGGAAGGAAGCCACGACCCCCUGCAGAAAGGCCCUGACAACAUCCUUCUCUUCCCCUCCUUCAACAAGACCCAUUUGGGCACCUACAUCUGCACAGCCACCGGCUCACUGGGCACUGCCGUGGCCACCUACAACCUGUGGAUAGAUGGUAGGGAGAGGACCAAGGGGAUGCCUGGGGACAAAGGCUCUUCCCCUCCUUCCCACAGCUCGUCCUCACCACCCCGUGCCCAUGGCACCCCAUAUCACAGCCCACAUGUGGCCGGUUUUAGUGGUGCAAUCCACCUCCGGGUCUGAUGCUGGAGGCCACCUCCAGGUUGGUGGUGGCUUCCUCACUGGCACACUGCAAUCCUGUUUCCCCUUGGGGGAUUUGGCCGGAUGCCUUCACCGUGGCAGGAGCAGCCACCUCUUUCUCACCUAUCCCAGACCUGCUGGACAACGUGUUCGUGUUUCCCCAAGAGACCAAAGACUCCCACGUGCUGGUGAGGGCGAAGCCAGAGCAGCCGCUGCAGAACUUCACCGUGUGCCUGCGGUCCUACACCGAUCUGACCCGGCCCUACAGCCUCUUCUCCUAUGCCACCAAGGUGCAGGACAAUGAGAUCCUCCUCCUCAAGCCCAAGCCCGGUGAGUACCGGCUCUACGUGGGGGGCAAGUUUGUGUCCUUCAGCAUCCCCAAGAGCAUCACGGUGAGCGAGCAUGUCUGCGCCAGCUGGGAGUCCACCACCGGCAUCGUGGGCUUUUGGUACAACGGGAAGCCCUGGCCCCGCAAGGGGCUGCAGAAGGGCUACACGGUGGGGGCGGAGGCGGCCAUCGUGCUAGGGCAGGAGCAGGACGCCUUCGGGGGUGGCUUUGACGCCCAGCAGUCAUUUGUGGGGGAAAUGUCGGUUGUGUACAUGUGGGACAUGGGCAUCUCCACCUCGGGGGUGAUGGAGGCCAUGAACAACAGACCUGACAAAGCCCCCAUCUUCGGCUGGAGAAACUUCCCCUACCAGAUCGUGGGUGAAGUCUACCUGAAGCCCUGACGCCUGGCACCGGGAGUGGGGUUGGUGCACUCCUAUGCUCUCGCUAAGGGUGGCUGGCAAGCGCUGGGCGAGCUGUAAUUGCCGUGCGGGCUGUGUCCCCGCUCCCUUCCCUGCUGUGUAACCCCC